UGAGGGGCGCGAAGACCUGCGGAGGGGGACGGCCGCAGCAUGGCGGCCGGCAGCGCGUCACCUUGCCCUCUGCCUUCCUGUUGCAGCCGCCCGGACACCGUGGUCCGCGAGUGCUCGCUGUGAGCCCGCCGCGCGUCAGCCCGCCGUCCGCCCGCCCUCCUUCCCGCGUCGCCUUCGCCAGCCCGGGGGACGGCCGGGCGCACCGCUGUUCCUCGCGCCGCGCCCACCCGCCGGGGCCCUGGGACCAUGGAGGACGUGAAGCUGGAGUUCCCCUCGCUCCCACAGUGCAAAGACGACGCCGAGGAGUGGACUUAUCCUAUGAGACGAGAGAUGCAGGAAGUUUUGCCUGGAUUGUUCUUAGGCCCUUACUCUUCUGCUAUGAAAAGCAAGCUCCCUAUAUUACAGAGACAUGGGAUAACUCAUAUAAUUUGCAUACGGCAAAAUAUUGAAGCAAACUUUAUUAAACCAAACUUUCAACAAUUAUUUAGAUAUUUAGUUUUGGAUAUUGCAGAUAAUCCAGUUGAAAACAUAAUACGUUUUUUCCCUAUGACUAAAGAAUUUAUUGACGGAAGCUUACAAAAUGGAGGAAAAGUUCUUGUCCAUGGGAAUGCAGGAAUCUCCAGAAGUGCUGCCUUCGUUAUUGCAUACAUCAUGGAGACAUUCGGGAUGAAGUAUAGAGAUGCAUUUGCUUAUGUCCAAGAAAGGAGAUUUUGUAUUAAUCCUAAUGCUGGAUUUGUCCACCAACUCCAGGAGUAUGAAGCCAUCUACCUAGCAAAAUUAACAAUACAGAUGAUGUCACCACUCCAGAUAGAAAGAUCCUUAUCUGUUCAUUCUGGUACCACAGGUAGUCUGAAGAGAACACAUGAAGAGGAGGAGGAUUUUGGAAACAUGCAAGUGGCAGCUGCACAGAACGGCUGACUCUGAGCACUGUCACACAAAUGUGAAUGUGUCACAACGGAUGUGAAUUUUUGUUUAGAAAGGAGGAGAUCCUAGUGAUGAUAAUGUAAAGUGGUAAAAACACAAGUAGUUUCUUUUCAAUUAUAUGUUGCUUCCAGACAUGUUUCUCUGCAACUUGUUGAGCAACACUUUAAGAUGUUGGACUUCUACAGUAGAUGGCGCUGGUGGGUGAUGGGUUUGCUUUAAAAUAACAAAACAAAAAAAAAAACACUUUAUGGUUUUAUUGUAAACCAAGAAUUUAGGACUUGCAAAAAGGUAUUAUUGCAAUAAUGCACUUUUCAUACUUGAAGUUUAUUUGUAUGAUAUAAAGUUAUUACUUUAAACAAAAUGCAAGUUAGGGGGAUUUGUUUAUAAUUUUUGGAUAAUUUAUAACAAACAAAUUUCCUAGUGUUUCCUAAAAGCUCAUUUUGUGUUAUAUAUAUUACAUUUAAGUAAUUUUACAGUUAAAUUUUCUGAUGGAGCCUCUUACAGAAACAGUAACAAAAUGUAGAACUCUUUCACAUUUUUAAAUAUAAUUCAGCCACUUAAUUACCAUUUUUUUUAACUUCUUGGUCCCUUAUUUUUAAAUCAUGAUUUUAGCCAACUAUCCUACUUUACUAAUUUAUCUAAUUAACACUUCCUUUCCAAUUGCCUUCCUUAUUGUAAACAAGAAAAAAAGUUGUAAUGAUGAAAGAGGUCUUACUUAUUCAAAAUUAAGGAUAGUGUUAUAUUUCCACCUGCUGUUUUUCUUUUUGCUGUUUAAGCCAAAUGUUGACUUGGUCUUUACAGAGUUGCCUAGCCCUUUUCACUUUUGUCCAAGAUGGUUCAAAGUAGACUUUUAAGAAACCAAACCAAUGUAGCACUGUUUCUUCAGUAUGAACCCCAAAGAAAAGUGCCUUGCAUCAACCAAUUAAAUCCUCGUGACCUCUAAAUUAGAUAGCAGUAUAAAGCUAUGAACAUUUUUUGUAAUUUUUUUUUUUGUUUUUAAACCAUAAACUAAACUAAAUCUGUGAAGCUUGAAGAAAGUAAAUUAUUUGGAAUAAUAUGAGACAUUUACUUCAUUUCAUGUUGUCUUGCUUCUGUGAGGUUCUUAAGUUGACUGCUUUGAAAAUUCAUUGGAUAAAGCAGUUCGUGGGUGGCUUCAGGGUUUUGUAAAUUACUGUUUUAAUUUGUUCUUAAAUUAGUUCAAAUUUACCCCAUAAUUUGCAAAGUCACUUUAUGGCUCUUUAGUUUUCCAUGUUUUUAUCUAUUUGUAUAAAAGUUGUUCUACAAAAAAAAAAUUUGCUAUUUUAAGUGUGAUGUGCAGAAGAGAGAAGUGUUUUAACCUUCUGUUUGAUGACUUUAGGGUAGCACAAACACAGCUCCUUUGUAGCUCACAGUCCGCUCUCAAGGUGCUUUACUGUUGGGAAUGAUGUCUACAUUUCCAGGGUACCAUGAGGCAUGGUGUGAGAUAGCGUGUUACUUACUUUCUUUGCUCUCCAUCUUAUGGUGUAACAGUACAGAGAAGGCUCUGUCCUGCACAGUAGGAGCUGAAUGUAAACCAGAAGUACUAUUAACUAGACUUAAUUUCUCUUUGGAUUUCGCAUUCCACCCUAAAACCAGCAUUGUGAUCCACUGUUCUCUUGUGUCACUGAUAUGGCGGGCUAGUGGAGUCAGGAGUAUUAUUGGGUGUUCAAAAUUCCUGUGUACACAUCAUCACUGGAAAAAGUCAAUAGAGAUCUCUCAGUCAACUCAAUCUAUGGUUCAUUGAACAGAAAUUGUGCGUCAAGUAAUCUCCAUAAAAAUGAUUUUUCCAACAUGAGACAUUUGAAAUAAUUUUUUUAAGUUUCAUAAAAAUACAUAUUCUAGCCGGGUGGUGGUGGCACACGCCUUUAA